GGGGUCUGUCCACAGCUCCCCGCUGGUGGCUCUGAGCUGGGGCAGCGGUCCCGGGGCCGGUUCUGUAACAGACCCUGGGGGGGCCCCUUCAGUGUGUCACUCCCUUGCCGGGGUAACCCCUGGGCUUUCCCGCCUCCUGGGCCAGCACCUUGGAGCCUACAGCCCCCCUGCCUCCCGCAGCGAGUCCCCUCAGACCCAACGCCUGGGGGAGACGUGCGCCCCGACCUCUGGAGAGUGCAGCGACUCUCAGCCGGGGGGCAAGCGCACGGGGGUGCCUGGUGCCCGGGACACGGCGCAGAACCAAUGGCCAGGUCACAGCAAAGUCCGUCUGAGUGACUCCAGAGCCCUGCUGCCGAGCCCCCCCUCUUCUCCCCAGUCUAGACGCGUCUCUCCAGCAGCUCCUGCCCCCAGGCCCGCCUCAGUCUGGUCUCCUCCAGACUCGCUCUUUGUUCUCCAGCUGCUCAAACCGGCUUGCUUCCUGCAGAGGGCCAGGGUGGUACAAAUCACCAGCCCCACCUGGAUCUCAGGAUUCUUCUGCCAAAAAAAUACCCCCACCUUUAAUAAUGCAGCACAAAGGGGGAAACUGAGGCACAUACACUAUUCAUGUGAAAUACUCUGAAAAAUCCCAUUUCAUCCCAGCAGGUGAUGGACUUUUAACAUCUAGUUUGUGUGCCAGCAUGCCUUUGAGGGCGUUACUGAAAUACGCUGUCGUUCUGGGUAACAAUCCUAGAGCAAGAUCUCAUAGCGCCAUAUACAAUGUUGUUUGAGCUGCUGUACUUCCGGGACUCAGCUCUGACGCACGCUCAGCAAUAUCGCUGGUACCAGAUGCUCUACCAGGCUGGGGUGUUUGUAUCCCGGUCCUCCCUGCGCUGCGUCCAGAUCCGCCACAUCUGGGUCCUCGCCCUGCUGCAGUGCCUGAACAUGGUGUUCCUCCUGGCCGCGGUGUACUUUAUGUUCCUGCCUAGCAUCUACCUGGUCUUCGCCCUGGUCCUGUACGAGGGGCUGCUGGGGGGUGCUGGCUACGUGAACACCUUCCACAACAUCAGCCUGGAGAGCCCGCCGGAGGAGCGGGAGUUCGCCAUGGGCGUGGGCUGUGUGGCCGACACCCUGGGCAUCUCGCUGGCUGGAGCCGCCGCGUUCCCCGCCCACGACUACUUCUGCCGCCUGCCCUGAGUGGCCCAGCGCGGCCUGGGCAUCGGGGGCCCCACCCCGCGGGGUGCUGGGCUCUGCGUGCGCCCCCAGCUGGCCCAGUGCUGGGGCCCUCCAGCCUGUUUCUGCCUUGGGGGCUGGGAGGGGAAGAGGAUGCAGGGGCUGGUAUGGAGCUGGGGAGGGGGGGGUCUGGCCCCAAUAG